GACGUGCGCGCACACUCCGUCGGCUAGAUGCAACGUGAAUUAACUGAAAUUACUAUUGAACGGUGGUUUUUAAAGAAGAGAACCAUGGUAUCUAGGUGUUCAUAAACACGUUGAACAUAGGGUUUCUGUGAUUGUUGUUGAAUCACGCCAACAUGGACUCCAAGAACGGGUCUUCACAUGAUGAGAAGACGCUCCAGAGUCCAACACACACCCGGGACAUGGACCAACUCCCACAGGCUAGCGGAAGAAGUCAAUGGCAGAGAAAGACAAGGCCGAACUUCAGCCUCAGCUCUCCGGCCAGAUGGGAGUCAGACGACUUCGGAGCCGCAGUAAGAAGGGAUCUGGCAGUUGGAGGGCCAGGUGGCCGGAGUAGUAAGGCUCUUGGAGGAGGCUUAGGGCGUCCCGGUAAAAGAAAGGCAGGCCAUGGCUCAGAGUCCUCGAAACGGCAAGGGAGCUCCUGGAAACGUCGCCUCAAGGACCCUGAGAACUUCCGGCGGGACCUGGUCCACAUCAUCCUGCAGCAAGACACUGACGCUGGGAGGACUGCAGUGGAGAGCAGUGAGCUCCCUAAAUAUGGCACACUUACAUCAUCUGAGAAGGACAAUCUGAGAUACUACCACUACAUCCACUGUGGCAUCGACACGGACCAUGUGGCUCCCAUGGAGGCCUCAUGGCUCAAGAACAUUCUGGGCCUGGUGCCCACCUUCCUGAGGAGCCGGCUGCAGACCAUCGAGCAGCUCUCGGAGGAAAUGAGAGAAGAAUACCUCUUCAGCAUGAAGAAAGCCAUCGUGGACUUUGUGCUGCAACACCCAAGAGAGGGAGAUGAGGCCAAGGUGAAGGAAUGCCCCUCUCAUUAUGCUGAUCUGGAAGUUGGGCCAAAGCCGUGGAGCACGUCAUUUAUCAAAGCGAGGAAGAAGAUGAGUCGACAACUACACGCCAUCAACCCUGCUAUGCUGCAGGUGCUCCAGCUAUGGCAUGUAUCUUACAGGGAUCUGCGUCUGGUGGACGUGGUGGCCUUCCACCAGAGGGUGAAUACCUUGCUGUUGUCGGAAUUCCAUUCCAUGGUGGCCUUCCAGGUGGAGAGUGCCAAAGCCACGCUGUUUAAAUGGUUGGGUGAGGUACACACCAACUAUCACCAGGCGUACACGCGCAAGCUGGUGCCUAGCAACAGCAUCACCAACAGGCAGUCGUAUUUCAACUGUGCGGCAGCUCUGAUGACCUCUCAACUGCAGAGCCUGUUGCUGGACUCCUUGACGGACUAUACUUCCUUCAUCAGCUGCGACCCGCUGUCGGCCUACAAACACCCAGGCUUCAUUGUGCGUCUGAUGCUGGUAGACAAGACCAUUGAGUUUCAGCCGGAGUUUGUCGACUUUGAAGUUGCCAUACUCGGUGUCUACAACAAGAUGCUCGGUUCUGUCAGCCUGAUACCUCGAGUCGAAACCAAGUUGUUCUCAGAAACGCCGGACCCCCAGUCCGGAGGCGUCCUGAAGCCGGUGGUUCUCCCGAUGAUCCUAGAGGCUCAUCGGGAGGCUGUGCUUAAGUUCCUUCGGACCGAGCGCAUUGCCCCCAUGGAGUACUUACGUGUGUACGACAAGUACACGGCGCUGGUGUCCAUGCAGGCCCAGGAGGAGGUUAGCCAGUUCCUCCGCGAGCAGCACUCCUUCGAGGAAGUCAUGGUAGAGGUGAUCCGCUACCAGCAGCUGUCUGACCAGAUCCGAUACACCUGCUGCAAGGAGGUGCGCCUGGGGAUGUACGUGGUGCUCUCCCAUGACCUGAUCGGGACUCUCACCAGACGCGCCGAUGACUUGCAGCAGGAGCUUCUGGCUCGACUGCUGGAGGACUGCCGGCAGAUGAACAAGGAGCUCUGUGUUGACUUUGAGCGGAUCACUGAGAAGGCGCUGGGCUCACCCACGGGCACACAGCAGCUGAUGGAGCUCAAGGCCUUUGUGACCAAGGUGGAGACCAUUGAGAUGCCCCUGCUGGAGCAGAGGCUGGCCGAGUCCAAUGCACGCCUCUGCUUCCUGGUGGACUACGUGGAGCUGUCCCCGGCUGACAUGGACCUCAACAGGUUGACGGUCCAGUGGUACAGGCGCAUGCCUUCAGUCUUCGAAGACCACCGGCUGAUCCUCAUGGACAAGACCAGGCAUUACCAGGCGGACCUUAAAUUGCGCUGCCAGCGUUUCCUGGAGGAGCUGAAGUCCUACGCCGGCCAGGUGGAAGAGUUCUCCACCUUCGGAGACCUUUCGGAGCUCAGCAAGUACCUGAAAAAGGCGCAAAUCCUUAACGGCAAACUGGAGUCAGCCAUGAUAAAGAUUGACGGUUUCAACCAAGAGGAGGAGUCCUACGAUUGGCCCUUGUCCCAGUACCCAGAGCGUAAGGAGAUCCAGGAGCAGCUGGCUCCUUUCCUCCGCCUCUACGAGACCGCCUCAGAGUUCCGCACCCAGCACCAGCACUGGGUCCACGGCCCACUGUCGGGGGUCAACCCUGACAAGGUGGAGGUAGACGUUGGUAACUACUGGCGGGCACUCUACAAGUUGGAGAAGGGCUUCGUUGACACGCCCAGCGCCCUCAACAUAGCAACCAAUGUAAAGGCCGAAGUGGACACCUUCAAAGAGCAGAUUCCCAUCGUGCAGGUGCUGUGUAACCCGGGCCUGCGGGACCGCCACUGGGACGCCAUGUCAGAGGCGGUGGGCUUCCCCCUGCGGCCCACGCCGGGGAGGCAAGAGGAGGGGGAGGAGGCCUGCGUGGCCCGCUUCCUGCCCAUGCGGCUGGAGCAGCACCUGGACCGCUUCGAGGGCAUCAGUGAGGCAGCCAGCAAGGAGCACUCCCUGGAGAAGGCCAUGGAGAAGAUGGAGGGCGAGUGGGGCGAAAUGGAGUUCAGCCUACUGCCCUACAGGGAGACGGGCACCUCCAUCCUGGCGUCUGUGGACGAGAUCCAGACGCUGCUGGACGACCACAUCGUCAAGACCCAGACGAUGAGGGGCUCUCCCUUCAUCAAGCCCUUCGAGGCGCGGAUCAAGGAUUGGGAGGGUAAGUUGCUGCUUCUGCAGGAGAUCCUCGACGAGUGGUUGAAGGUGCAGUCCACCUGGCUGUACCUGGAGCCCAUCUUCAGCUCCCCAGACAUCAUGAACCAGAUGCCGGAGGAGGGCCGCCGCUUCACCGCUGUGGACAAGACCUGGAGGGACACCAUAAAGGAGGUCACACUGGACAAACAUGUGCUCGCAGUGGUGGCCAUAGACAUGAUGCUGGAGAAACUGAAGAAAGCCAAUGGGCUCCUGGAGUUGAUCCUGAAGGGUCUGAACGACUAUCUGGAGAAGAAACGCCUCUUCUUCCCCCGCUUCUUCUUCCUCUCCAAUGACGAGCUGCUGGAGAUCCUCUCUGAGACCAAAGAUCCCACCAGGGUAAAGCCCCACCUGAAGAAGUGCUUUGAGGGCAUCGCGAGCGUGGUCUUCACUGACGUGUUGGACAUCACCCACAUGUCGAGCAGCGAAGGGGAGGUGGUGGAGUUGCUGAACACCAUCUCCACCUCUAAAGCCAGGGGCCAGGUGGAGAAGUGGCUGCUGGAGCUGGAGAACAACAUGUUUGCUUCGCUACACAAGGUGAUUGGGGAGGCCAUCGAAGCGUACCCCAAGGACCUGAGGAUCAACUGGGUGCGAGCGUGGCCUGGUCAGACUGUACUUUGUGUGUCUCAGGUCUACUGGACAAAGGAUAUCCACCAGGCCAUCGUCUCAGGACCUAAGGCUCUAGACGAAUACCUUCAGGUUAACAACGGGCAGAUCGACGACAUUGUGACGCUGGUGCGUGGGAAGCUGUCCAAGCAGAACCGGGUGACUCUAGGUGCCCUCGUGGUGCUGGACGUCCACGCCAGGGACGUGCUGGCCACACUCAUCCAAAAGGGUGUCAGCGACGAGAACGACUUUGAGUGGCUCAGCCAACUGCGCUACUACUGGGUGGAGAAUCAGAUGCAGACGAAGAUGAUAAAUGCAGGCUUGGCUUAUGGUUAUGAGUAUCUGGGGAACACUCCCCGGCUGGUGAUCACCCCACUCACCGACCGCUGCUACCGGACAUUGUUUGGGGCCCUUGCUCUCUUCCUGGGAGGUGCCCCUGAGGGCCCCGCUGGCACGGGUAAGACGGAGACCACCAAGGACCUGGCCAAGGCCGUGGCCAAGCAGUGUGUGGUGUUCAACUGUUCAGACGGACUGGACUAUAUUGCUCUUGGCAAGUUCUUCAAAGGCCUGCUGUCCUGUGGAGGCUGGGCCUGCUUUGACGAGUUCAACCGCAUCGACCUGGAGGUGCUCUCUGUGGUGGCACAGCAGAUCCUCACCAUACAGAGAGGCAUCAAGGCCAAGGCUGAAAUGCUGAUGUUCGAGGGCACAGAGCUGAGGCUAGACCCCUCCUGUGCCGUCUUCAUCACCAUGAACCCCGGCUACGCUGGACGCUCCGAGCUGCCUGACAACCUCAAGGCCCUGUUCAGGACGGUGGCCAUGAUGGUGCCUGACUAUGCCAUGAUCGCCGAGAUCGUGCUCUACUCGUGCGGUUUUGUGACGGCGCGCCCUCUGUCAGUGAAGAUUGUGGCGACAUACCGGCUGUGCUCCGAGCAGCUGUCCUCCCAGCACCACUACGACUACGGCAUGCGGGCCGUCAAGUCCGUCCUGACGGCCGCAGGCAACCUCAAGCUGAGUUUUCCUGAGGAGAACGAGGAUAUUCUGCUGCUGAGGUCGAUCAUCGACGUCAACCUGCCCAAGUUCCUCGCUCAUGAUCUGCCGUUGUUUGCGGGCAUCACCUCUGACCUCUUCCCAGGGGUCAAGCUGCCCAAGGCUGACUAUGGGGUGUUGAUGGACGCCAUCAGGGAGAACAGCAAGCGCAUGAACCUCCAGGUGACGGAGUUCUUUGCAGAGAAGAUCCUGCAGAUCUUCGAGAUGAUGAUCGUUAGGCACGGCUUCAUGCUGGUGGGCGAGCCGUUUGGCGGGAAGACCUGCGCCUACCGCGUGCUCGCAGCCGCCCUGCACGACAUCGCUGAGAAGGGUCUGAUGGAGGAGAACCCGGUCCAGAUCAAGGUCAUCAACCCCAAGUCCAUCACCAUGGGUCAGCUGUACGGACAGUUUGACCCUGUCUCCCACGAGUGGGCGGACGGCAUCCUCGCCGUCAGCUACAGAGCAUUCGCUGUCUCACAGAGCCCAGACAGGAAGUGGCUAAUCUUUGACGGGCCGGUGGACGCUGUGUGGAUCGAGAACAUGAACACAGUGCUGGACGACAACAAGAAGCUGUGUCUUAUGAGCGGCGAGAUCAUCCAGAUGUCCCCGCAGAUGAGCCUCAUCUUUGAGCCCAUGGACCUCGAGGUGGCUUCCCCUGCCACGGUGUCCCGUUGUGGAAUGAUCUACAUGGAGCCCCACAUGCUGGGCUGGCAGCCUCUGCUGGUGUCCUGGCUCGCCACGCUGGCCUCCACCGUCAGUGAUAUGCACCAGGACCUCAUCACUGGCCUGUUUCACCGUUUGCUGCCCGCAUGCCUGCAGCUCGUACGCAAGGCCACCAAGGAGCUGUCCCCCACCUCUGACACCAACCUGGUCAGGUCCCUGAUGAACCUAAUGGACUGCAUGAUGGAUGAGUUUGACGACGAGGCCAGCAUCAAAAGCAUGAACGACAGAGAUAUUUGCUCCUGGUUGGAGGGCAUCUUUGUGUUCUGCCUGGUGUGGUCGGUGGGGGCCAGCUGUGACGAUCUGGGCCGGGUCCGGUUCGACGGCGUGGUGCGAGAGGUGCUGGUCGGCCCUCUGAGCGAAGACACCCGUGUGCUCCACGGCAUCCUUGCCUCAGUGGAGCCUCCGGCCAAGCAGUUGACCGUCCCGCUGCCCUCGGAGGGCACGCUCUACCAGUACCGCUUCGUCAAGGAGGGCCCCGGCAGGUGGGAACUGUGGACGGAUGAGUUGAAGGCAACACCCGCUAUAUGCAAGGACAUACAGUUCAACGAGAUCAUCGUGCCCACGGAGAACACGGUGCGCUACACGGCGCUGAUGGAGAUGCUCGUCACGCACCAAAAGCCCACCAUCUUCGUUGGGCCCACCGGUACCGGCAAGAGUGUCUACAUCAUAGACUUCCUGUUGAACAAACUCGAGAAGGACGUGUACAGUCCACUACUCAUCAACUUCUCAGCCCAGACCACGGCCGCAGAGACCCAGAACAUUAUCAUGUCCAAGCUGGACAAGAGGCGCAAGGGAGUGUUUGGGCCUCCAUUGGGAAAGAAAAUGGUGGUGUUUGUGGAUGACGUCAAUAUGCCGGCUAGGGAGACGUAUGGCGCCCAGCCCCCUGUAGAGCUUCUACGCCAAUGGCUGGACCACUGGAACUGGUACGAAACCAAGGAGUGCUCCACGAUCAACUUGGUGGACAUCCAGAUCAUGUGCGCCAUGGGACCACCUGGUGGAGGCAGGAACCCAAUCACAGCUCGCUUCAUGCGCCAUUUCAACACCGUCACCAUCAACGACUUUGACGACAAAACGAUGUACACUAUCUUCUCCCGAAUCCUGGACUGGCAUCUAGGCAUCCGGUUUGAUUUCCCGAAGCCAUUCGCUGGCCUUACCCCUCAAAUCGUUCAAGCCACUAUGUCGGUGUACCAAGAGGCGACCAAGAACCUCCUGCCCACUCCUGCAAAGUCCCAUUAUCUGUUCAACCUGCGGGACUUUUCCCGGGUCAUCCAGGGUAUCUGCCUGUCCCGACCGGAAACCGCCCUGGAACCCUCCCUCAUCAAACGUCUGUGGGUGCAUGAGGUGCAGAGGGUGUACUACGACCGUCUUGUCCAUGACUCAGACCGGGCGUGGUUGGUGAGCUACCUGGACACGGUUACCAAGGAACAUCUGAAGGAGGACUUCCACCAGCUCUUCCAUCACCUGGACCAGGACAGGGACGGAAGGGUGACCGAGGACGACCUGCGGAGCCUGAUGUUCUGCGACUUCCACGACCCCAAAGGGGUGGACCGCAAUUACCGGGAGGUGGACAGCUUGGACACGCUGCGGCCGGUGGCUGAGGCACAUCUGGACGAGUACAACACCGUCAGCAAGGCGCCAAUGAACCUGGUGCUGUUCCGCUUCGCCAUCCAGCACGUGUGCCGCAUCUCCCGCAUCCUCCAGCAGCCGCGCGGCCACGCGCUUCUGGUGGGUGUCGGGGGCAGUGGGCGCCAGUCCCUCACCCGCCUGGCCGCCCACAUGGCCGAGUCGGAGCUGUUCCAGGUGGAGAUGUCCAAGAGCUACGGCAUCACGGAGUGGCGCGACGACCUCAAGCUGAUCAUGAGGAAGUCGACACAGGGCGACGCGCACGGCGUCUUCCUAUUCACGGACACGCAGAUCAAAAAGGAGUCCUUCCUGGAGGACGUCAGCAACCUGCUCAACACCGGAGAGGUACCCAACCUGUUUGCGGUGGACGAGAAGCAGGAGAUCUGCGAGCGCAUGCGCCUGCUGGACAGACAGCGGGAUCGUGACAAGCAGACAGACGGCACUCCCCUGGCCCUCUUCAACAUGUUCCUGGAGCGCUGCCGCUCCCAGCUGCACGUGGUGCUGGCCAUGAGCCCAAUCGGAGACACGUUCAGAAGCCGUCUGAGGCGCUUCCCGGCCCUCAUCAACUGCUGCACCAUAGACUGGUUCCAGAGCUGGCCGGAGGACGCCCUGCAGGCCGUGGCCUCUCGCUUCCUGGAGGACAUGGAGAUGACAGACGAGUCACGGGCGGGCUGCAUCGACAUGUGCAAGAGCUUCCACACCUCCACCAUCGAGCUGUCGGAGCGCUUCCAGACGGAGCUGCAGCGCCACAACUACGUCACGCCCACCUCCUAUCUGGAGCUCAUCUCCACCUUCAAGGCCCUGCUCUUAAAGAAGAGAACGGAGGUGAUGAGCCUGAAGCGGCGCUACGAGGUGGGGCUGGACAAGCUGGAGAGCGCGGCGGCCCAGGUGGCGAGCAUGCAGGUGGAGCUGGAGGCCCUGCAGCCUCAGCUGCGCGUGGCCAGCAAGGAGGUGGACGAGCUGAUGGUGGUGAUGGAGCACGAGUCGGCGGAGGUGGCGGAGACGGAGAAGGUGGUGAAGGUGGACGAGGCGGUGGCCAACGAGCAGGCCAUGGCGGCCAAGGCCAUCAAGGACGAGUGUGACGCCGACCUGGCCAUAGCCAUGCCCAUCCUGGAGUCAGCGCUGGCCGCCCUGAACACGCUCACCAACCAGGACAUUACGGUGGUCAAGUCCAUGAAGAGCCCACCCCCGGCGGUCAAGCUGGUGAUGGAGGCCAUCUGCAUUCUGAAGGGCAUCAAGCCUGACCGGGUGCCUGAUCCCUCGGGCUCGGGCAAGAAGGUGGAGGACUUCUGGGGCCCGGCCAAGAAGCUGCUGGGGGACAUGAAGUUCCUCCAGAGCCUCCACGAAUAUGACAAGGACAGCAUCCCCGCCGCCUACAUAGCCAUCAUCCGUAACAAGUACAUCACCAACCCUGACUUUGUUCCGGAGAAGAUCCGCACUGCGUCCACUGCUGCAGAGGGGCUCUGCAAGUGGGUGCUGGCCAUGGAGUCCUAUGACAACGUAGCCAAGGUGGUGGCCCCUAAGAAGGAGAAGCUAGGCCAGGCUGAGGGGGAGCUGUCUGUGGCCAUGGAGAGCCUGGGCAAGAAGCAGGCCGCCUUGAAGGAGGUCCAGGAGAAACUGGCCAAACUCAAGCAAACCCUGGAAGCCAACAAGAACAAGAAGGCUGAUUUAGAGAACCAGGUGGAUCUGUGCAGUAAGAAGCUGGAGCGGGCCGAGCAGCUGAUCGGAGGUCUCGGUGGAGAGAAGAGCCGCUGGAGCGAGACGGCGCUCAACCUGGGGGAGAUCUACGACAACCUGACCGGAGACGUGCUCAUAUCCUCAGCCAUAGUGGCCUACCUGGGAGCCUUCACCUCAAGCUACAGACAGUGUCAGACGGAGGAGUGGAUGGCUCUCUGUAAGAGCAGGCAGAUCCCCUGCUCCCCGGCCAUGUCCCUGAUGAAAUCCCUGGGAGAGCCUGUGAAGAUCAGGGCAUGGACCAUUGCGGGCCUUCCUUCCGACAACUUCUCCAUUGACAACGGCAUCAUCAUCUCUAACGCCCGGCGGUGGCCCCUGAUGAUCGACCCCCAGGGCCAGGCCAACAAGUGGGUGAAGAACAUGGAGAAGAGCAACAGGCUAAACGUCAUCAAGCUCAGCGACGCAGACUUUGUUCGCUCGCUGGAGAACUGCAUCCAGUUUGGCACACCAGUGCUCCUGGAGAACAUCGGCGAGGAGCUGGACCCCAUCCUGGAGCCUCUGCUGCUGAAACAGACCUUCAAGCAGGGAGGCGCCAUCUGCAUCCGCCUGGGGGACUCCACCAUCGAAUACUCCCCCGACUUUCGCUUCUACAUCACCACCAAGCUACGCAACCCCCACUACCUGCCCGAGACCUCCGUCAAGGUGACCUUGCUGAACUUCAUGAUCACCCCAGAGGGCAUGCAGGACCAGCUGCUGGGCAUCGCGGUGGCCCGCGAGAGGCCCGACCUGGAGGAAGAGAAGCAGGCACUCAUCCUGCAGGGGGCCGAGAACAAAAGGCAGCUGAAGGAAAUCGAGGACAAGAUCCUGGAGGUGCUCUCCUCCUCGGAGGGGAACAUCCUGGAAGACGAGACGGCCGUCCAGGUCCUGUCCUCCUCCAAGGUGCUGGCCAACGAGAUCUCGGAGAAGCAGGCAGUGGCUGAGGUGACGGAGGUGAAGAUCGACGAGACGCGCAUGGGCUACACCUCCAUCGCCGUGCACUCGUCCAUCCUGUUCUUCUCCAUCGCCGAACUGGCCAACAUUGAGCCCAUGUACCAGUACUCCCUCAGCUGGUUCAUCAACCUCUUCGUCAGCUCUGUCGACAACUCGGAAAAGAGUGACGUCCUAGAGAAAAGACUACAGAUCUUGAGGGACCACUUUACCUACUCGCUGUACGUCAACGUGUGUCGGUCGCUGUUUGAGAAGGACAAGCUGCUCUUCUCCUUCUGCCUCAACGUCAACCUGCUCAUGCACGACAAGAUGGUAGAUGAGGGUGAGUGGCGCUUCCUGCUGACGGGGGGCGUGGGCCUGGAGAACCCCCACUCUAACCCCUGCACCUGGCUGCCCAAGAAGGCCUGGGACGAGAUGUGCCGACUGCAGGACAUGGAGCGCUUCCAGGGCCUUCGCCGCGACAUGGCCCGCCUCCGGGACCAGUGGAAGGAGGUCUACGACAGCCCUACACCCCAUCAUGCACCCUUUCCUGGGGAAUGGCAGGAGCGUCUGGGCCCGUUCCAGAAGAUGCUUGUGAUUCGUUGCCUCCGGCCGGACAAGAUCGUCCCCAUAGUGCAGGAGUUUGUUGCGGACAGCCUGGGACGUCCCUUCAUUGAGGCCCCGCCCUUCAACCUUGGUGCGGCCUUCCUGGACAGCCACUGCUGCGCCCCGCUCAUCUUCAUCCUCUCCCCGGGAUCGGACCCCAUGGCCGCCUUGCUCAAGUUCGGAGACGAGAAGGGCUUCAGCGGAAGCAAGCUAACCUCCCUGUCUCUAGGCCAGGGCCAAGGCCCCAUCGCCAUGAGCAUGAUAGAGAAGGGUGUCAAGGAGGGGACGUGGGUGGUGCUUCAGAACUGUCACUUAGCAACCUCCUGGAUGGCAACGAUGGAGAGAGUGUGUGAGGAGCUGAGCCCGGACACCACCCAUCCAGACUUCCGGCUGUGGCUCACCAGCUACCCAUCGCCAACCUUCCCCGUGGCGGUGCUGCAGAACGGGGUGAAGAUGACCAACGAGGCCCCGAAGGGCCUGAGGGCCAACAUCGCCCGCUCCUUCCUCAUGGACCCCAUCUCCGACCCCCUGUUCUUCAACAGCUGCAGCAAACCGGUGGUGUUUAAGAAGCUGCUGUACAGCUUGUGCUUCUUCCACGCCCUGGCCCAAGAGAGGAGGAAGUUCGGCCCCAUGGGCUGGAACAUCCCCUACGAGUUCAACGAGACUGACCUGCGUAUCUCCGUCCAGCAACUGCACAUGUUCCUGGAGCAGUACGAGGAUGUGCCGUUCGACGCCAUCCGCUACAUGACUGGCGAGUGUAACUACGGAGGCCGAGUGACAGACGACUGGGACCGCCGCACGCUGCGCACCAUCCUCUCCAUCUUCUACACCCCCGAGUUAAUAGAGGACCCCAGCUACGCCUUCGACCCCAGCGGGCUCUACUACGCCCCAGCCGAGGGGGAUUACAACAGCUACAUAGAGUACACCAAGGCUCUACCACUCAACCCCUCCCCGGAGAUCUUUGGGAUGAACGCCAACGCUGACAUCACCAAGGACCAGUCCGAGACUCAGCUUCUGUUCGAUAGCAUCCUGCUAACACAGUCCCGGUCUUCGGGCGGGGACGCCAGCUCCUCAGACGACAUGGUGUUUGAGGUGGCGGCAGACGUCCUUGGCAAGCUGCCCGCCGACUUCGACCUGGAGGCGGCCAUGAGGCGCUACCCCACCGACUACAACCAGAGCAUGAACACCGUGCUGGUGCAGGAGAUGGGCCGCUUUAACAACCUGCUGCGCACCGUCCGCGACUCCUGCGCCAACAUCCAGAAGGCCAUCAAGGGUCUGGUGGUGAUGUCAUCAGACCUGGAGGAGGUGGUGAGCAGUAUUCUGAAGGGUCGUAUCCCCGCCAUGUGGAUGAAGAAGUCCUACCCCAGCCUCAAGCCCCUGGGAGGCUACGUCAGCGACUUCCUGGAGCGCCUCAAGUUCCUGCAGGACUGGUACGACGAGGGCACGCCCGCUGUCUUCUGGAUGUCGGGGUUCUUCUUCACCCAGGCCUUCCUGACCGGCGGCCAGCAGAACUACGCCAGGAAGCACACUAUCCCCAUCGACCUGCUGGGCUUUGACUUCCAGGUGCUGGACGACAGGGAGUACACAAGGCCCCCGGAAGACGGUGUGUAUAUCCGAGGGCUCUUCCUAGACGGGGCUCGUUGGGAAAGAAAGACCAAACUCCUCGCCGAGUCCUUCCCUAAAGUACUACACGACGUGAUGCCUGUGAUGUGGCUGAAACCAGUCAAGCGGCAGGACAUUCCCGAGAGGAUGUGCUACCUGGCACCGGUCUACAAGACGGGCGAGCGGCGCGGCACGCUGUCUACCACGGGCCACUCCACCAACUACGUCAUCGCCAUGACGCUGAACUCGGACGUGCCCUCCGAGCACUGGGUGCGCCGCGGCGUGGCGCUGCUCUGCCAGCUAAGUGUCUAGUCUCUAACACGCUCACGCAUCACUGGGAGCGCUGGAAUUAAACAGGAAAGCCUUCGUCCUCCUGUGUCAUAUGUGGCCAUGCCAAACACUAACAGGGAAUGUCUAAUUUUUUGUUUUAUACCUUGAUCUCUGAUAAAAGCAUUGUUUAUAAGGUCUUUAUUUAGUAUACAUAUUUUAUUAUCCUCUGAAAUGUCAAGACCACAUUUAUAAUUCUAUUAAUAUUUGAAGAACCAAAACUAUUUAUUGGAGAUGGUGAUCCAUUAACCUCUGUUCAAAUAUGUUCUGUUGUAUUAAAAAAAGUUCAAUUGAAGAAUAUAUUUAAACACAGGUUAUUGCUAGGUUGACCAUCAUUGAUUCAACAGCGAAGGAUGUUUUUCAUGUUUAUUGGACUCAUGAGGAAAAUGUACAAGACAGAUAAUUGGCAAUGACAUCACAUUGCAAUGCAACCAUACCCAAGCUCCUUAACAAUAUAUACACAAACCAAAACAAUUGGCCUUCUUUGUUUUCCAGACAACAGUGUUGUCUGGGUUCCGAGAAACAAGCACUUCUUGGGGGGCUUAGCGGCUCCAAAAGUCGUAUUCUUCAACAGAUAAACUGCAAAAACAGUGCCAGACUUACAUGUCAUAGGCCACAUAAAAAAAAUAUGUUCCAACAACUAAAACAUUUGACUUAACGUUUCAUUAAACAUAAAUAAUGAGCUUUA